AUGCGCCUUCUCAAGAUUUGUCUGCUGUGGUCUCUCUCGACAUGUGGACAGGACGGUCCUGUGGCACCAGGCACGGCAACCGACUGCACCUUCUACGACACUGCAUACGACAAUACCUACACUUGCAGUGUCUUCGAAGAUAGCUGGGGUCUGUCUCAUGCGGACUUCGUAGAUUACAACCCCAGCGUCAAAGCCGACUGCAGUGGCAUCAAGGUCGGCAACUCAUAUUGCGUUGAGGUCAACUACGGUCUCCCGCGCCCGACUACAAAGCCAGCCCCCUCCAGUACUACGACCACCUUGAAGCCUACAGAGACAGGCCCGGUGAAGCCCAGCCCGACCCAGGAAGGCCUGAUCAAAACCUGCACCAAGUUCUACCGCGCAGUGUCCGGCGACGAUUGCAACAAGAUUACGACUGCUCAAGGCAACGUUUUCACCCUGGCUGAGUUUGUCUCUUGGAACCCUGCGGUAAAGAGUGACUGUUCAGGUCUCUGGGCGGACACCUACUACUGCGUCGGUAUCCCGGGAACACCCACGAAAGCAUCAACCACGGAGGCGGCAGCCACUUCAAAGACCUCUACCAAACCAGCCGGGCCUACUCCUACGCAAGACAAGAUCGCCUCCAACUGUCAGCGUUAUCAUCUCGCCAAGUCUGGUGACAGUUGCCAGAAGAUUGUUGAUCAGUACGGCACUUUCACCCUGGCUCAAUUCUAUUCCUGGAACCCGGCCGUAGGCUCUUCAUGCUCCGGACUCUGGGUCGGUUACUACUACUGCAUUGGUAUCCCAGGAACGCCGACUAAGAAACCAACUUCUACCACCACCAAGAAGCCACCUGCCAAUACCUGCAAUCCAGCAGCACCAACACCCACACAGCCAAAGCCGAUUUGUGGAUGCAAGAAAUGGCAUAAGGUGAGCAACGGAAAUACUUGCGACACGAUCAUCAAGCAGUACAAAAUCACCAAGGCCAACUUCAACAAGUGGAACCCAGACAAACUACCAGCCCUCCACACCCUUGUUGUCACCGAAAGCUUCUUUGGAGGAGUUCCAGAAGAAGCCUUUGAGCCUUUUGAGAAUACGUUGGAGACGCUGGCUUGGAUGGGUGCUGCGGGUGACCCCGGCUGUCAACAGCCCAUCCGCCGUCUGAAGAACCUGAAGCACCUGAAGGUCGACAACAUCGAACACCUUAUGAGCAAAGAGUUCGAGCUUUCGGUUCCCGGAAAUCUGGCAUGUAUUAUGGAGACGAUCGAGCUUGCGUUGAACAAUAUGUCGGGAAGGGAUCACGACUUCUGGGAUUUUGGGGCAUUUCGUUCCGAAAGUGAGCUACGUUUUCUGGAACGACUUUUGACUGCGCUCGAGAGGAUUUGUCGGUAUUCGUGCGCCAUGCUGCGGGUAAUCGAUAUACGUUGCUACCCUCCUAAGCAUCUUAUCGACCUGGAAGACGAAGAUUAUGAACGUUGGAAUCGGGCGCGGGAAAUGCUUGAUGCUUCUCGACUCCGGCUUGAAAACAUGGGCGUCAAACUACUUCAUGACGAGAUUGAGAUUCCCGUUGAUCAGUCUGCGAGUGAAUCGGAAGAUGAUGACGAAGAGUCUAUGGACGAACAGUAUGGCGCUGUCACAAAUGCAUGGGGCAACUGGAGGCCAUACCAAGGAACAGGACAUACAUUGGGUGAAAAUGAGCCCGGCGUCAAUGAUGAGCGGGAUCCUUACGUUUAA